UUUUCGUCAUUAUUUUCCAUUGUCUUGAGUCUGAACUGUGUACGUGUAAACAUAUUAUAGAUUUAAGAUUUUUGUUAAAUUGAUUCCAGCCUAUUCUUCGUCUAUUUUCACGGAACAACUUAAUAAUGAGUUUAGGAAACUGAUGAUCUGAUGUCAUUUCAUAAAUAUGCUGUGGGUUCAAAACUUGAAUAUGUAUAAACUGCAUUUGUUAAAGCCUUGUGUUAGAUUUAACAUUUUAUUGAAUGCAAUUUUAGUCCUCUUAAUUAGUGUAAACUCUAUUUUCUUGCCGCCAAAUGAGAAUGAGCUAUUAGCUGUGGAGUGUGGUCAUUCUACUGAAAUGAAGAAUGGAAGAAAACAUCCGUGGGCGGUAUCUCUAAUGACAAAAGGGCGCAACAAAUUGGGUGGCAGUGUGAUUUCUCCUUUCCAUGUUCUUACAGUUGCACACGGAUUUGUUUUAUUCGACAAUAGUGGUGGCGGUCCUUGUGAAGUUACCGGAUAUAGACGUUUCAGCGAUUUGCAAAGCUCGUGGAGCGUUGCAUAUGGUUCGGACUGUAUUCGCGAAGAGGAAAAUGAUCCAGCAUGUUCCAAAGCAAAUAUUACACAUAGUCGUACUUAUACACACUUAGAAUGUAUUAAUGGACACGAUUGGGCAAUUGUUGAACUUGAAGAUCGAAUCAAAUUUUCUGAUGUAGUGCAACCGAUUUGUCUUCCUAUGAAGGGGCAACUUCCAGAGGAUGGUAAAAUUCUCACUGUGAGCAGCUGGGGAAGAAGGGAUGCUUUUCAUAAAGGUGAUAUUCUAAUUCGAGAGAUACCAAUGCGCCACGAUGCGGGAUGUAAGAAGAGGCCGUGGGCAGACAGGUUUAUAAAUCCUCUUACAAAUUUAUUUAGAAAGUUACUUAUAGGAUGCCAACUGACGUGUAGUGAGGAUUAUCUCUGUGCAAAGGCUCUGAACCCUAGAGAUUUUCGUACUUUGCGAACUUGCCACGGUGAUAGCGGAUCUGGUAUGGAAGAUUUACGUAAUUCAAAACGCGUCCAUUUAACAUCUGUCAGAAAUAUAGGGAUUCUCAACAACAAUAUGACACAUGAUUUAUCUAAGAAUGGAGAAACUGCUAUUUCUCGACAAAUAUUACAUUCUCCACUUGCUGUUCCUCAGCUGGAAUUUAUGCGUAGCUGGUCAAAUGCAAAAAAGAAACGACAACGUUUAAGGAGGAAUAUCAAAACAAAAAAAGAUUCAAGCACUUCAAUAAAUGACAAAAUAAUUUCAUCAGUAUCGAGUGAUGAUUCCUUAAAAGUUGGCAUGGUGGUAAAACCAUCAAGAGAUGUUGAACAAAAAGAGCUUAUUGGAAUCACUUCUUAUGGCUCGAGACAAUGUGCUUCAAAUGAGUUGGCUCGAUUCACUCGCGUUUCAAUUUAUCUAGUUAAAAUCUGUUCACUGACUGGCCUUUGUUACCCAUUAAAUCAUUAA